AUUGAAAUGCAGAACUCAAGCCUCUUUCAUCAGGGCACAGACUUCCUUUUACUCCUUACUUUUGCACUCUCGCCGCCUCCUCCCGGGGAGAAGCCGAGGCACCGGCGACUCGGGGCAGCGACAGGCCUGGCCACUGAAGCGGUGCGAAAAGUUUCUUUCUGGGAGUGCGGAACUGGGGCCCGGUUGGUGUACCGCUCGGAGCAAUGGAGCCAGCCUUUGGGGAGGUGAACCAGCUGGGAGGAGUAUUCGUGAACGGGAGGCCGCUGCCCAACGCCAUCCGGCUUCGCAUCGUGGAACUGGCCCAACUGGGCAUCAGACCGUGUGACAUCAGCCGCCAGCUACGGGUCUCGCACGGCUGCGUCAGCAAGAUUCUAGCGCGCUACAACGAGACAGGCUCGAUCUUGCCAGGAGCCAUCGGGGGCAGCAAGCCCCGGGUCACUACUCCCACCGUGGUGAAGCACAUCCGGACCUACAAGCAGAGGGACCCCGGCAUCUUUGCCUGGGAGAUCCGGGACCGCCUGCUGGCGGACGGCGUAUGUGACAAGUACAAUGUGCCCUCGGUGAGCUCUAUCAGUCGCAUCCUACGCAACAAAAUCGGCAACUUGGCCCAACAGGGCCAUUACGACUCUUACAAGCAGCACCAGCCGGCGCCGCAACCGGCGCUGCCCUAUAACCACAUCUACUCAUACCCCAGCCCCAUCACGGCUGCCGCGGCUAAGGUGCCCACGCCGCCCGGGGUGCCAGCCAUCCCCGGCUCUGUUGCCAUGCCCCGCACCUGGCCCUCCUCCCACUCCGUCACCGACAUCCUGGGCAUUCGCUCCAUCACCGAUCAAGGAGUGAGCGAGAGCUCCCCCUACCACAGCCCCAAGGUGGAGGAGUGGAGCAGCCUGGGCCGCAACAACUUCCCUGCCGCCGGCCCGCACGCGGUGAAUGGGCUGGAGAAGGGAGCCCUGGAGCAAGAAGCCAAGUACGGUCAGGCACCAAAUGGUCUCCCAGCUGUAAGCAGUUUCGUGUCAGCAUCCAGCAUGGCUCCUUACCCUACCCCGGCCCAAGUGUCGCCUUACAUGACCUACAGCGCAGCUCCUUCUGGCUAUGUUGCUGGACAUGGGUGGCAACAUGCCAGUGGGACCCCACUGUCCCCCCACAACUGUGACAUUCCCGCGUCGCUGGCAUUCAAGGGAAUGCAGGCAGCCAGAGAAGGUAGUCACUCUGUCACGGCCUCCGCACUCUGAUGGGAAAUUCUGUCCGCAGCAGCUUCACCCCCGCCCCCUCCUUCCCUGGUCUCGGAUCCCACCCCUCCUGCCCGCCAACCCUCCUGCCUUGAAAGCUGGCUUUAUGGACUCACAUCCUUUGUGCAGAUGACACUUAAAUAUUUCUUGCCAUAACUUCUCUUUCACAGAAAACCUGACAUGACUUUAGGAUUUAAAAACAAAACGAUGUUAAGGAUUGAAUGAGACAUUUGUGUUGCCCACACACUGUUUUAACAUAGCAAAGAAACCUGCACCCCUCAAAGGGCUUAAGGAACUUUUAAAACUAGUCUUUGGUAAAACCACAUGUGUAUAUUUAUUCUAAAUCAACCUGAACUUUUGAAAUGUGCAAUUGUUGAGAUUUUGCAAAAUCAAUAAAGGAAAAUACAUAGAGAAAAAAGUUAUACUACACCCUCUAAUCAAAUAAGAUGACCAAAUAAGCCUUAAUUCAUCAUUAGGACACCAAUCAAUAAUUGACAUGAUGAUCCUUUAUUUUUAAGAGAUGACCUAUUUUGUUGGAAAAUAUAUGUGUAACACACGCGGUAUCUGAAUUUAGCUCCUCCUGGUGUUUUGACAUGGUUCCAAAUACAGCAAUGUUUAUAUUUUCUAUUGGUUUGUAAAUAUGGACUCUGGCUGGUGCAUUUGUGUUUUCAUUCCAUGGGCUAUCCCUUUCUUCCCACCCCUAUCUAUUUUUUUCUUUCUUUUUGCAAGGUGACUUUCUGGCAAUGUCUUUGUCUCUGUUUGGUGGUGGGCGGCUCAGGCUCCGGGACCUGGACUUGCCCCAGAUUUUGUGUGUGCAGUGAAGGCUUCAACAUCUUAUGAAGGACAUCUUCUACAGCAGAGGACUCAAAAAACAUAAAACAAGCCAGCCUCCCAUUUUGUAUCCCAAUCAAACAACACACAUGCCAAGCAUAUAAAGACAAGAGGGUGGAAAAUACCUGAACAAGAAAGCUCUGAAGGAAGUCACUUAGAAACUUAAGUUUAAUGUGAAAUGCUUUGCAAAGACACUUAAAAUGAACUUUAUGUUAAGAAAACCACUGUGAAACUAAAUUGUACUGUUAUUGUUGGCUUACCUGUGUGUUCAGCAAUCUCAGCCCAAAAUUAUGUUGUAACUUAAAGAAAAUGGAAAAUUCUCUAAAUGAAUGUAAAAAUGGCUCGCUGUGAAGUUUACAUUGUUGUACAGAAGCAUGUUUCAUGUAUAGGUAAACUGGUGGUGGUAUUAGAAAUACAAACGCUAUUUAAUUUUUUAAAAAUUCCCUUUAUUCAUUUCUGGGGUUACAGGAGACAGUUUAACUGAUAAAUCUUUCUAGACCAAUUUGUUUUACACUUUAAUGCUAAUCACAGAGCUGUGAGGGUAGCGGGUAGAUAUUUGUGUGAGCAUGUGAUUUUGUGUUGCAUUUUAAAACAUUUGAUUUUCUUGGGCAAAAUUCUACAGCUUUUAAUCUCUUCUGUUUAGAAAGAUUUUCCUCCUUGGCAAUAUAGGCCUGUAAGACAUUGGUACAGUUCACCUAUUGGAAAAUUAAUAUAUUGUAGGGUUUUGGUAUUAAUUCUGUGCAAUAACUCAAAGGGCACAUCACUAGAUAUGGAUGUUACCGACGCGUUCAUUAGAUGAUUUUGAUUUCCUCCUAUCUGUGCUGUGCACAGCCUACAUCGCAAUCAGGUUCCGUCACAUGAGUUUCAUUUAAAAUUCAGAUGGCUAGAUUACCUAGGUUCUCAGAUCACUAGGAUAUAAACAGUAAGCAGAUUUCUGACACACAAGUUAUGUUCGUGGAACUGCUUUUUUCAAGCAGCAGAUAUCUUAUAAAGAGCUUUGAACUGCAUUUAUUUCUAAAGGAACCGAAAUUCAGUGCUACAAACAGAGGAUUAUAACUUCAGGAGAAGAAUAAGCAGAAGGAGCAGAUGAAUUCUCAGGGCCAUAGUCUUCCUUUGAUCUUGUGAAACUCCUAUUGACAUCUGGAGUUCCCAGUCCGGUGAAAAAAUAGACUAUAAAUCGAAUGGAACAAAGAUACCAGUCCAAUAUUUUGGUGGAGACUUUAAAACCGUACGGUACAGGGACUCUCCUGCCUUCCAGAAAAACUGACAUAAGGUACGGAAUUAUUCCUCAACAGAUAUUUUUAGGUGGCUAUUCGGAGUCUUUAAAAAGAGAUCAAUCAUUUGUAAUGGAAACACAACUAAAUGUUAUUUUCUUUAUCUAAAUUAA